CAUCCUUCCGUUUGUAAGUUUGCUUCGGAACCAGUGCACUAGAGGCGCUACACUCCUCACACACGAUGCAUUAUUCUCUGCUCCUCCAUCGUGCUCUUGUCUUCUGACACAUUGGUCCAACAUGGCUGCGUCCAUGGCGAGUACCUGCCGUUAUGCAUCGCGGCACGGAUACUGUAUUCUUCUGAGGAGAACGAGUCUUUGCCUCACACUCAGGUCUAACUUGCACUGUUCUUCACCUGCACACAACGGACUGCUCUUCUCUUUAAAUAAACGCGGUAUUGUGAAGAACUCUUUCCCAGAGGACGCAGCGCAGGACCGGCUCCCUCAGCUGCUCAAGUCCGGGGCUCAGACUGUGUACUGCGGCUUUGACCCCACGGCCGACAGCCUCCAUGUGGGCAACUUGCUCGCUAUCAUCGGCCUGCUGCACUUCCGAAGCGCCGGGCACCAUGUCCUCGCCGUGCUCGGGGGGGCCACGGCACAGAUCGGAGACCCGAGCGGGAAAACGAGCGAGAGGGAGCCGAUGUCCGCGGACGCUGUGGAGGCGAACACGCGCAGCAUCCGGGAGAGCAUUCAGAGGAUUUUCACUAACCACGAAGUGCAGUUUCAGGACCGUGCCAAGAAGCUGGGCACCGUGACUGUAUUGAACAACAUGAAGUGGUACAAGGACUGCAGCGUGGUGGGGUUUCUGUCGGAGGCCGGGAGGCACUUCAGGAUGGGCACCAUGCUCAGCCGCCACAGCGUGCAGUCCAGGCUGAAGAGCUCCGACGGUAUGAGCCUCACAGAGUUCACCUACCAGAUGUUCCAAGCUUAUGACUUCCACCACCUGAACCAGAUCUACGGCUGCAAGAUUCAGCUCGGGGGCACCGACCAACUGGGCAAUUUGAUGUCUGGCCAUGAGUACAUUCACAAAGUGAGCGGUGAGGAGGUUUACGGUCUGACCGUCCCGUUAGUGACCAGCUCCGUCGGGGACAAGCUGGGGAAGACGGCAGGCAACGCAGUGUGGCUCAACAGAGACAAGACGUCUCCCUUUGAACUCUACCAGUUCUUCGUCCGGCAGCCGGACGCCAGCGUGAAAGAGUACCUGAAGCUGUUCACCUUCCUGCCUCUGGCGGAGGUGGAGAGGCUGAUGGAGCAGCAGAGAGAGGAUCCAGGUAAACGCCUCGCACAUAAACGUCUCGCUGCAGAGGUGACAAAACUGGUGCACGGAAAGGAGGGCCUCGAAAGUGCAAAGAGAUGUACAAACGCGCUGUACCACAGCAGCAUUCAGGCCUUGGAGGAAAUGAGUGACGAGGAGCUUCGGGAGCUAUUCAGGGAGUCUCCCUUCCAUGAGCUGCUUUUGGAGCCGGGCACCACUGUGAUAGACGCCUGUCGCCGGAUCAACGCCAUCCCAGAGGGACCCAGAGGGUAUCAAAUGGUUUUGGCGGGAGCAGUGUGGAUCAACCACAGCUGUUCAGACAAACCAGAGCAGGUACUGAUCCCCAAAAUCCACAUCCUAUCGAAUGGACUUACCUUGCUCAGAGUGGGCAAGAAGAACUUCUACAUCAUCAAGUGGCUCAGUCUCUGAGGCGGUCCUGCUCUCACACAGGACCAGUUUGAACUAUGACCUGUGAUGGGUCAGACUGGGAAGGUAGGCGACGUCACCGCUGCAGGAUCAGUGAGGAGAUGGGGAUGGACUGAACAUACUGGGUGUUAGGCGUGGCCUGAACCUUUAGUGAUUGCCUGUGGUUGUCAUAUAAAUAUGUAUAUGUACAGAUGUGACUUUUAUUUAAAGCUAUGGUAUUAAAAGGCGUUUGAUAUAAA